AUGCCACACUCAACACAAGUAGUAGCCCUACUAAAAGCUCAGCAAAUUCGACAUGUCCGGUUAUAUGAUGCUGACCGUGCCAUGCUAGUUGCACUUGCAAAUACUGGCAUUCAAGUUAUGAUUUCUGUUCCUAAUGAACAAAUCCUUGGAAUUGGUCAAUCUAAUUCCACUGCAGCCAAUUGGGUAUCUCAGAAUGUGGUAGCACAUUACCCAGCCACAAACAUCACAGCCAUAGCUGUUGGGUCAGACGUUCUUACCACCCUCCCAAAUGCUGCAAAAAUUCUUGUCAAUGCUCUCAAGUACAUUCAAUCAGCCCUUGUGGCAUCCAAUCUUGACCGCCAAAUCAAAGUUUCAACUCCUCUUUCUUCCUCCAUUAUCCUUGAUUCCUUCCCACCUUCCCAAGCCUUCUUUAACCGUUCAUUGAAUCCAGUUUUGGUCCCCAUGCUUACUUUCUUGCAGUCCACAGGAUCGUUUCUCAUGCUCAAUAUAUACCCAUACUACGAUUACAUGCAAUCAAAUGGUGUCAUUCCAUUAGAUUAUUCACUCUUCAAGUCCCUCCCUCCAAACAAAGAAGCUGUUGAUUCCAAUACGCUUCUUCAUUACACUAAUGUUUUUGAUGCUGUGGUUGAUGCAGCAUAUUAUGCCAUGGCUUUUCUUAACUUCACUAACGUUCCAAUAAUAGUGACAGAAUCAGGCUGGCCUUCCAAAGGUGAUUCUAAUGAGCCAGAUGCAACAUUAGAAAAUGCCAACACAUACAACAGCAAUUUAAUAAGGCAUGUCCUGAACAAAACUGGAACUCCCAAACAUCCUGGACUUGCUGUUAGUACUUUCAUUUAUGAACUCUAUAACGAGGAUAUGAAACCUGGACCAAUCUCAGAGAAGAACUGGGGAUUGUUUGAUGCAAAUGGGACACCUAUCUACAUUUUGCGUUUGACAGGAUCAGGAGCAGUAUUAUCAAAUGAUACUACAAACCAAACUUUCUGUAUUACAAAGGAUGGUGCUGAUCCAAAGAUGCUUCAGGCUGCACUAGAUUGGGCUUGUGGACCUGGCAAGGUGGAUUGCUCAGCUUUAUUGCAGGGAGAACCAUGCUACGAACCUGAUAAUGUGAUUGCACAUGCAACAUAUGCGUUUGAUACUUACUAUCAUAAGAUGGGGAAGACUCCGGCAGCUUGCGACUUCAAUGGAGUGGCUGCAAUUACCACAACAGAUCCAAGCCAUGGAUCCUGCAUAUUUCCUGGAAGUCUCGGCAAGAAUGGCACCUUGGUAAAUAUCACAGCUCCAUCAUUGAAUUCCACAAGUGUAGAUUCUUCCGCCUACAACCUUCACAGCAAUGCUUUUACUAGCAUUGUUGGUAUGUAUAUGUGGGUCUGGGAAGCUUUCAGAAAUUUUGAGAUAGAUGGUGCUCAGAGGGUGUGUUUCCCUUCACUAGGAGAAAAAGGGUCUACUUAG